AUGGGAAAAUUACAACGGAUCUAUACCAUUGAAAAUUAUGCAUCAUCGUCAUUUGUGAUUCCGAGUAAAAUUAGACAGAGAUUGUAUGGCAUACAAUCGAAUUUGAACGUGUGUGUUCUUAAUGAAGAUAUCAUGGCUAUAUUAGAAGAAGAAGUUGAAAGAAUGUUCUUAACUGUUGACGAACUGGAGAAGGUAAUGAAUAAGUUGGAUUGCCAAAUGGCAAAGAUUGACGAUGAAAACACACCAACUCCAAUUAUGGCGACAAAUGAUAAUGAUAUCUUUUAUGAACAAGAUGAUUUGAAAGAUAUUCAUCAAAACGUAAUUUUUUUGAUUAAAACUAUGGAAGAAAAUAUGGAACGCUUAGAAAGAAUUAUGAAAAAAUUUAUUGUAGAUCGUCAUUAUCAUUAA